AACAAAAUAUUUAAAGUGAAUUGCAAAAAAAUGUAGCAAAAAGUGCACUAAAAGCGCAACAAGAGAGACAAAAGAAAGAAAAACAAAAAUCAAGAACGGUCGACGUUUAGUUGCUGUCAACGCGCAUAAUCGUAGCCAUCGCACACGUACACACUCACACACACACACAACACACUCACGCACAGGUGCUAUAUGUAUGUGUGCACAUAACAGGGUCGUGUGUAAGAGAGAGAGCUAGGGGAACAGGGCGCAGGGCACAGGGUGAGUUCGCGCAACAAACAAACAACAAUACAAAGAACAACAGCAAGCAAUAACAUUUCUCUGUUAUGCCUCAGGCGUAAUUUUAAUAAAUUUACUAGGAAUAAAUCAAUCGUGAAUAUAGCAAUGCGUGUGCGCGACAAACGCAAGCAGCAAAAGGAGCAAAAGGCUCCUAAAAGCAGCGAUAAACAAAAGCCAACGGAUGUCGAACCAAAGCCCGAAACAUCUAGCAAAUCAACAACAGCAGCAACAACUAAAACUACAACAACAACAAACACAACGGCAACAACAACAUCGCAGCAGCCGCCCACAUUACCUGCAACUGAGAAGGUUGCGUUCGACAAUCGCAUCAAGCGCAAAAAUGUGUUGGCCCUAAACGAAAAGGUGGCAGCUCUGCGCGAAUACGAUCGCCAGCCGGUGUACAAGCACGUGGGCCGCCUGUUUAACUGUAGUCCGGAUCAGAUAAAGCGCAUUGUACAGCAGAAGGAUGAGAUAUUGCGCGCCUGGGAGCAACGGACGAGGCGUAGCCAGGAUGCCAAGACGCAGGAGCUGAAGGUGGUGCGAGUGUCCAUGUUGGGCAAAGCCGUAUACGACUGGAUACGGCGCAUGAUGUACUACAAGGACUUCAUCAUAUCGGACGGACUGAUACAGAAAAUGGCGCUGCAGUUCAAGAGCUCGAUGGGAUUGACCAAUUUCUUUCCGCAUCAGGAGUGGUGCGACAAGUUCCGCACCACCUACAACAUUCAGCACAACGACACCAAGCUGCUGAAGAUUGGCUACACGCAAAGCUAUUCGGUGCAGAUCAAUGAUAUUGCCAAGGAUGUCAUGUCCCAGUGCACGCCAGCAGCAGUUGCAGCGGCUGCAGCUGACCCUGUGGAGGAUGACGACGAGGAGGACAUCAGUUUGGCCACCAUCAGCGGCAGCAGUCAUGUGGACGAAGAUGAUGCUGACGUCGAUAUCGAUGGACGCGGCGACAUCAGCGAUCCCGAGGUGGAUCAGCAUCUAGAUGUAAAACCCUCGCUCAGCGAGCUCAGUGCGCGCGUUCUGCAGCCCCUGCCGCAAUUGGUGCGGUUGCCACAGGUGCCGCCGGGCACCUCGCAAAAGGUGCUGCUGGCAACGCCCAUUCUGCCACCUGGUGCCACGGCUGGCGGUGCACAGACUAUGACAAUCAUACCGCUGGCCACGCUGGCGCAGAGCAUUACACAGCGACCGGCGGUGCAAGCGAAGGUAAUGCCACCGCCCAUGUUGGAUAUUAAACAGGAGAUCAAAACGGAGCCCAAAGACCGGGAAGAGCUGCAGCAGGAGGAGGAGCAGCAGAAGACGGAGGAAAGCGACAAGGAGAAGCUAGCCGAUGAGCAGACAGCGGUGGUGCGCAUCAAGGAGGAACUGGACAGCGAUGGCGAAUACCUCGGGGAUGAUGACGACGACAAUGGUGGCCGUUCCAGCGUUACCUCGUUGGCCGAAAUUCUGGCCGCCAAUGUGGACGAUGAGAAGCAGUACAUUGAGCAGACACGCGCCCUGCGCCAGCGAAAACGCAGUCGCAGUCCAGCCCAAGAUCUGGCCAUACCCAUGAUCACAUUGCCGCCCAUGCCCACGCUAACCAAGGCGCCAGCACAGACGCCGCCGCCAAAGCGUCCGCGGCAGCCCGACGACAACAACAAUGCGGGCAGCGGCCAAUCGAUUAUCGGCAGCGCCGAGGCGCGCAAGUACCUGAAGCUAUUGGAGGAGUUUGCCAUGUCGCAGAAAAACUCUCGACUGAUUGAAUUAAUAACGCGCGCCGACGAAGUCAUGCGGGAGCUGGAAUAAGUGUAUAAGUGUACGGAUAGCAUGUCUAGCUUGUAGCACAUCUCGAAGAUGCAAUUGGAUGCAAUCAUAGAAUACUUGUAUAUUUAUAAUUUGUACUUUUACCAAAUACAACAAACCAAAUGU